AUGAUAGAAGUCAUUAAAUUGUCAUCUAAAGCCAAUACAACAAUCACCAAAUUACAAGCUAGAGCUAUGACAGAAGUCAUUAGAUUGUCAUCUAGAGCUUAUACAACAAUCAUCAAAUUACAAGCUAGAGCUAUGACAGAAGUCAUUAGAUUGUCAUCUAGAGCUUAUAAAACGAUCACCAAAUUACAAGCUAGAGCUAUGACAGAAGUCAUUAAAUUGUCAUCUAGAGCUUAUACAACAAUCACCAAAUUACAAGCUAGAGUUAUGACAGAAGUCAUUAAAUUGUCAUCUAGAGCUUAUACAACAAUCAGCAAAUUACAAGCUAGAGCUAUGAUAGAAGUCAUUAAAUUGUCAUCUAGAGCUUAUACAACAAUCACCAAAUUACAAGCUAGAGUUAUGACAGAAGUCAUUAAAUUGUCAUCUAGAGCUUAUACAACGAUCAACAAAUUACAAGCUAGAGCUUCGUAA